UGGCGGUGUCCAGAGUGUAGAAGACGAUCGUUGGUGUAACGGGACUGUUUCUAUUUGUCUCUGUAAACGCAUCAAUGACUUUUGCAACUGUAAAAGACACCGGUAAUACGUGAGACCGAAGAAGAGCAUGUCUGUUGUAAAUGUAUGUCUUGUUAUGCCAUAAGGACAAAGACCCUUGAAAGAUAUGGUCCUGAUCUAGUGCCUGAAAAGGGCCCUGCCUUUCAUGUACAUUUUCUGGGGGCCCUCGCACAUGCUCUCACGCUAGUGAGAAUUCCUGCUGCAGAAUAAUAUCCUCUGAGGGACACUGCACAUGGAUUGCUGCUGCUAAAAGCGAUUGCUCCGGAUAUACAAAUCUAGGGACCUCUACUUUUGAAAUAUAUCUUAUAAUAAUCCCUACUCGUUACAAAGCAACUAGAAACCGCUGAUCACAAUACCCAACAUAUAUGGACACCUUUUCUGAAAUAUGUGACUGCUCUUGUACUGAAUUCCAGGUUCCGUAUGACCCUACUCCAGAGAUUCAACUUCUAACCUUUACUUGCCUUAAAGUUUCCUGCUGCUGCUGAGCCAUUUCCCCAUACCCAUAAUAAAUUGGUGUUUGUAAGACAUGCAGGUCCUCCUCAUACUUCUUAACAGCAUAAGAUGGACAUUGGAUCUAUUGUUCCUGGUCCUAGACCUGAAUUACUGGCUAAUGUCUUCUCUACUUUCUCUCCUCUUCUGGACUAUUCGCUUCACCCUUGGCCUACCUGGACUAUUGUCCAUGGGACUGGUUCACUGCUGGGAAGGACUGCUUGGACUUGUGGCUCGGGCUGGUGACUCAUGCUGCAGCCUUGCAUUGGGUGGAUUACAGGCAGCAGGUGAUUUGUUGCGAGGAGGCCUGGUUGGACUGGACAGUCUGAAACUAGUUUGGAACCUGCUUUCCCAUGUAGUGCUGCGGAGCAGAGAGAUGGUACAUCGAGGGCUAAUCAACAUUGGUACUUCUGGGCAAGCAUUGAACCGCCAAAUGUGGGAAGCUCUGGGGAUUGCUGGGAGCUUGGCAGCCUACCUGGUGAACAGUCUGGUUAAUAUGUGUCUCAUUGCAGUGCAGAAUGUUUUAUCCCUGGUAAUGGCCCUGUGGUUUUCCUUGAAUGACGUGUGCUUCACUGGACUAGAGUUGGCAGCAGAGUUGCUCUCUCACAUUUCUAGCAGUGCUUUAGCAGUAGUUAUUUUGCUGUGGACACCGUGUCAGCUUGCUCUGGAUGGAGUGACAUCACUUAGCAGGGGGUUAGGCAUGAUUUUGUUAAGGAACUUAUAUGAGGUUCUGCUCCUGCUUUUCCUAAUCUGGCUAAGUCGAGCACUAAGCAGACAGACAGCUGCUAUACACCAGUUUCGCAGAGGAGCAGGACAACUUUACCACAUGUUUUUUGUCUGUGCAUAUGCAAUUUUGAACUCUGCAAUCUGGAGAAUAGCCGCAACUAGAAGCAGUCAGUUGUUCAGGAGGUACAGGGCAGUGUGGGAAAGGUACUGGAACCAGAGGACAAGAAUACAUAAUCCCCCUGGAAGGAUUCCUGGGGAACAGAACCCACCUCUAAGAGCCCCAGCUGAAAGAAAUCUGCCUAUGAGGAUCCCUCGAGCACAAAUCCCACCUAUACAGGUCCCUGGAGUACAAAACCCACCUGCAAGAGUUCCUUUAGCACACAACCCAUCUGUGCGAGCUCUUGGGGCACAAAACCAUCCAAUGAGGGACCCUGGUGCACACAACCCAAUACCAACAUCUUCUGUUACUGAGCGUAAUACGGUGUCUGUUGAUGGUGGUGAGACAUCACAAGAUCCGUGGAAGCUUCUCAAGCAGCAGGAAGAAAGUAAAAAAUGUGUGAUUUGUCAAGAUGAGACCAAGACUGUCCUAUUGCUGCCUUGUCGCCACCUGUGUCUCUGUGAAGCUUGUACCCAACUCCUCCUUCAGCAGCCAAUCCUCCAGCGAAACUGCCCCCUGUGCCGCCAUAUGAUACUACAGACAUUAAAUGUCUAUAUUUAAGAAGGACAGCAUGGCAACUCGUGUAUAGUAUCUACUAUACAGGACUGCAGUGACUGAGAGACUCCCCUGGGGGGGGGGGGGGGGGGGGGUUGUAUUUGGUGUUGUUGAAUAAUCUGAAUAGACAGGGCUGUAAUAUUCACUGGUUGCAAAAGUUGCACAUAGCAAUGAUGGAAUAAUAUAUGGGAGCCUGAAGGUAACACAUUCAAUCUCUGAAACCAAUGUACUCCGUUUGCUUCAUUAUUCACAGAGGCCAUUUAACUAGGACCAAAUUGUUAAGGUCAUACAAGAGUGACCAUAAGAAAAGCUGCUUAUUGUAAAGGGAACAAGCACUGUGAAAUCAAUUACCCUCUUUGGGCAGUGAUGUUUUAAUUAAUGGGACCACAUUCUGUGUUUUUGAUUUCACUGUAUAAAAACAAUUUUAAAUGA